CGAGCCUCAAUAAACUUCUAUGAAAUUCAAGCGUCCCGCGAUUAAGGUGACAUCUAGGUAGAGAAAGUAGGUUUAAAAAAAAUCUGUGUGCUUUCUAUGGCCUCUUUUCUUCGAUUUUCCUGAUCGACCUUCAGAGCUCUCGAUUUCACCUGAAUUUCCGUCUCCUUUUCGAGAGAUCAUCAUCAGCAGGUUGGAAGUUGAAAUCACACGAAAAAAAAAAAAAAACCAUGCCUGGCGAAAAUUUGUCACGACCACAGUCGAAAAUCCAACUCGGGAAGCGAUCGUCCAUUUCGCGUCGAGGCUCGCAUCAUCGCCCACGAUUCCGUUGGAACACUGUGUCAACUGCGUCUUCUCGGAUAGAUGUCGCUAAAUUCGCGCAACGGGGUUCCAGUUCUGCCAGGUCACCCGCCGUGUGGCGCUCCAUGAACUCUGGGUCAAAGAUCAGCAGCAAGGAACCGUCUGUUCACGCGAGACUGCUGGUCAAGGGCGCCAUUCCUCAGUACUUAUUGCAGGAAAGCUCGUACUUGAGGACGACCAAUUUCUAUCAAGUUGUCGACAUGCCUGUCAAGUGUAGGCUGAAGGAGGAGUACAGGAAAUGGAUCAUCGCCAACAUUCUUUCCAGCAGUUUCCUCAGAAUGUGGAUUCAUCUUUCGGUGCUUGCAACCCUUGCAACCGUGAUAUACAAUGCCGCGCGUUCGUAUGGAGAAUUUGACACUGAAAUUGAUUCAGUAGGACUAUCAUUAACUACCACCAGAGAAUUAUUUUCCUUCUUUUUGCUGCCCCUUGUCAUAAACAUCCUUGCAUCUACGUAUUGCUACCCUGACGUCAUAUUCACGGACAUCACUUUGCGGUUUGACUGCAUGUCGUUGACCUUGUUCCUGGUACCACACUUGACAAAGUACAUUUUGUUCUGGCUGAAUGAUUACCAGUUGUUGAACCUCAAAGGAGCUUUCCUUUCGUUCAGGAUCAUCAAUACGUUCUCAUUUUUCACAGUGACUGAAUGCACAGUCCGGGGUCUUCGGAAGGCAGCUAAAGCCCUUCUGGACCACUUGCUCCUCAUGCUGCUCGGCAUCACCAUCAUGGCCGUGAUUGGCAGUGUCCUGUUUGCCGACGUCAGCCCCAGCCACUUUGGCAACCCAGUGACGACCACCGGCACGGUCUUCUACUUCCUCAUGCUGGAGAGGGUCAACAAGAUCAUCCAGGAAGUGAUCACCAGUCCGGACAUCACCAGGGCCAAGGAAUUGCUGUUCACGGCGUAUUGCGUGUGCAUCAUUGCCAUCGGGGCCUUUGUGGGCAUCGGUUUGAUCGAGUCCAUCGUGGCUGCUUCGAUUGAAAUGGAAAUCACUGACUUGGAGCGACGCCAGGUGGCGCUAAGACGGAGGCAGCGGAGGAAACGGAUAAAGAACAAUAAGAAGCAGAGUUUCGAUUUGCGUGACAAAUAUUCGCAGCUCUCGGUGGUCACGAACGAUGACUCGUCGUCUGCUGGGGGUUCUUCUGGAUCGCUUUCUAGUUACUCGGAUGAUGACGCAAUGGGAGGAUACGGGCUUGGGUCGUCGUCUUCUUCGUCGUCGACUUCGUCCUCUUUCGACACGUCGUCUGCAGGGUUUUUGUUUCCGUGGGAUCUGCAGAAAAAGAGUGACAAGUCGAAAAAUGAGCAUGAAAUGUUGCGCCAAUAUUCCCCGACUUUGGCCGACGUUGUGGAAGAAAGCAUGCAGCCUGGUGAAGAGCUGUCCAUGGGAAUCAUCAACUUCCUUCACGUGAUGGUGACUUUGGGAAGGAUCACCAGCGAUAUUGCAACAGUCACCGUGAACUUGAACGACAUCUUGUUGGCGCAGUUCAAAAGUGACCGACCUCAGUACAGAAUUUGCUUUGCAAGAGUCUCGAGUAGAAGUUCAAGAGCAGAACUCGAAGGUCUCCUGAGUGGAUCUUACGAUAAAUUGCAAAGACCUCAAGCUGAUGGACCUCCUGUGGCUGUCUCACUUUCCAUGUACAUCCGUGAAAUCGAGGAAAUUGAUCUGCACAGACAGACGAUGACCUUCGGGAUGACUCUGCGAUACAAUUACGAGGAUACGAGGUUGAAAGACGUGAAUGCGAACCCGCAAAACCUGCAGAAAAUCAGCACACACGACCCGGAAAUUGUGAACCGUUUCUGGAUGCCGGAUUUGUUCGUGCAAAAUAGCCUAGAUAUGUACAAUGGACUAACACAAGAAGACAUCAUUCUUCGAAUCAAGAAAGUUUCUGGAGCAUCUGUUGUGCCUUACGGUUACCAAGCUCCUGCGGAAAUCGCAAUUGAUGGGAAAACUCUGUUGUUCAGUGUCAAUACUCCAAGCAAAGACAGCGUCGACGUCACUCAUGUUCCGCUCGACGUCGACGACAAAUACGCAUCCGUUUUCUCAGGGAAUUAUACUUCACUGACUGUCACUUUGUCGAUGCACCGUUUGAGUAACGGAUACAUCAUCAGCAUUUUUGUUCCUUGUCUUUGUGCUGUUUUCUUGUCUUACGCGACUCUUUGGAUCGACCCAAGGGAAUUAACGCCAAGACUGACGUUGAAUGGAAUUCUUUUGGCAGCUGUUUGGUACCUUUCGAGCUCUAUGCACUUUGUUUUACCUCGGGUUCCUUAUCCGACCGCAAUGGAUACUUGGACGGGAAUAACUUGCUUCCUCGUGUCACUUGCAAUUUUCGAAACAAUUGCUGUCGAAAAGCUUCUCAGAGGUGGACAGACGAUGACCUUCGGGAUGACUCUGCGAUACAAUUACGAGGACACGAGGUUGAAAGACGUGAAUGCGAACCCGCAAAACCCGCAGAAAAUCAGCACACAUGACCCGGAAAUUGUGAACCGUUUCUGGAUGCCGGAUUUGUUCGUGCAAAAUAGCCUAGAUGUGGAUUUUCAUGAGUUGCCUCACGCCAAUUCUCUGGUUCGAGUUGACACUUCCACUGAUGGACUAACACAAGAAGACAUAAUUCUUCGAAUCAAGAAAGUUUCUGGAGCAUCUGUUGUGCCUUACGGUUACCAAGCUCCUGCGGAAAUCGCAAUUGAUGGGAAAACUCUGUUGUUCAGUGUCAAUACUCCAAGCAAAGACAGCGUCGACGUCACUCAUGUUCCGCUCGACGUCGACGACAAAUACGCGUCCGUUUUCUCAGAAUUAACGCCAAGACUGACGUUGAACGGAAUUCUUUUGGCAGCGGUUUGGUACCUUUCGAGCUCUAUGCACUUUGUUUUACCUCGGGUUCCUUAUCCCACAGCAAUGGAUACUUGGACGGGAAUAACUUGCUUCCUCGUGUCACUUGCAAUUUUUGAAACAAUUGCUGUCGAAAAGCUUCUCAGAGGUGGACAGGAAUCAAGAAUUGAAGUGUUGAAGGGUUCUUUUGUUUUGUGGGCUGCGAGGAUCGAUAUGGGAAUUAAAAUUGGGAUUCCCGCAUUUUUCCUGCUGUUCAAUAUCAUAUUUUGGGCUUGCCAUUUGAUUUGAACUUUUUUGUUUGCUGCUCUUUAUUCAGCAGAAGCUGGCAAGAUUCGAUAUUAUAUACUAAAUGAUGUGGUCAAAAUUCAGCGGAAUAAGUCAAGGAGAGAAUGUUCCGUAAAAUGCUUUUGAGUUUUUUGAAUGAAGUGUUCUUUUGAAAUUUUUCGAAUUUCGUGAGCCCUGAAUAGAUGAUGAAACUCUGGUUGAUGUCGUUUGAUUUUCUUACUUC